CUGCAACAUAUAUACUUUGGCACUGAUUUAACAAAUAAUCUCUAAAAAUACAUAUUUUAAAAAAUAAUUGAAAAUUUUCAAUAUUUACUGUGUAUUUCAUAUUAUGAAAUUAUUAACAUUGGCCAACUAGAUGCGACAAUUGAAGUUAUGUAAAAGACGCCUUUAUCUGUUAGAAAGGAAAAUAAAAAUAUUGACAUAUUCACAAGAAUUAUCCAAAUAUGUUUGGAGAUUUUCAUGUGGCUCAAAUGCAUCAGAUUCCAGGGAAAUGUGAAGUGGGAGAAGUGCGAGUGAGAAAUAUGAAUACAGAGAAUAUUUCAGUGGCCAUGACAAUGUUCUCGUGAAUUCUGUGCUCUUCCUGGGUCUCUAUACUUUUCCGUUAGCUUGAGUGUGAGGAUGGUAACCUAACCACCACCGAGAUGCGCAAUUGCCUGAGCUCUGAAUAAAAGCUGGGAACUGCCUAGUCAAAGCCUUCUUUCAAUGCUAGGACUGAAGUUACUUCCUUCCAGUUUCCGAAGUUGAUUUUUUUUCCAGUUUCAAAAGAGCUGCUUGGGUCUGUGAGGAAAUGUGUCUGUGUUUGCCAUGUCGUGUGGAUGCAAUAAGAAAGCCCUUCGAAACGCUGUUAAGACUUGAGAGGUACUACUUGAAAAUGCUCCAUUUAGAUUUCCAUCACUCUAAAAGGAUUGGGUUUUCUCAAUGUUUUGGAGAAAGUAAACACUCGGAAAGGACGCGGGGUGGCGCUGCAGCAUUAGAAGUAGAAGGAAGGAAGCAACUAGUCAGUGCUGCUUUAUCCGUGCUUCUUUAGCCGGAUGCUCUGAUAAAGAAGCAAGCAGGACAGGGAGGCUUUCUAAGCCGGUGGCUCCGGGAAAUCAGGGCCCUAGGCGUCUCCAUUUAUCCCAGUAUUUGGGAGAUACUGGGAAAUCGAGUCAGCGACAAUGGGAGCCGGAACUGGGUCAGGUUUGCUGGGAGACCAGAAGGCGAUGGAGGCCGGAGAAGGAAAGGAACGCUUUCAGAAACAAAGGCAAGUCUUAAUAUUCUUUGUUUUGCUGGGCAUAGCUCGGGCUGGUUCCGAGCCUAGGCACUAUUCAGUGGCCGAGGAAAUGGAGAGUGGCUCCUUUGUGGCCAAUUUGUUGAAAGACCUGGGGCUGGAGGUAGAUGAGCUAACUGCGCGGGGGCCCCGGGUCGUUUCCAAAGGGAAAAAAGUGCGUUUGCACUUCGAUAGGCAGACCGGGGAUUUGUUGUUAAAUGAGAAACUGGACCGGGAGGAGCUGUGUGGUCCUACCGAGCCCUGUGUGCUACCUUUCCAGGUGUUAUUGGAAAAUCCCCUGGAGUUUUUUCAGGCCGAGCUACGGAUUAGGGACAUAAAUGAUCAUUCCCCGGUUUUCCUAGACAAAGAAAUAAUUUUGAAAAUUUCUGAAAGUAUCACCCCCGGAACUGCUUUCCUAAUAGAACGUGCCCAGGACUUAGAUGUAGGAAACAACAGUCUCCAAAGUUACACAGUCAGCCCCAAUUCCCAUUUCCAUCUUAAAUUACAAGACAGUUCCGACGGCAUAAUAUUACCACAGCUGGUGCUGGACAAAGCGCUGGAUCGCGAGGAACAGGCUGAGAUCAGGUUAACCCUCACGGCGCUGGAUGGUGGGACUCCACCCAGGUCUGGCACCGCUCUGGUCCGCAUUGAAGUCUUGGACAUCAAUGAUAACGCUCCGGAAUUUGCAGAGCUGCUCUAUGAGGUGCAGGUCCCGGAAAACAGCCCCAUUGGAUCGCAGGUUGCCAUUGUCUCUGCUAGAGAUUUAGACAUUGGAGCCUAUGGAGAAAUAUCUUAUGUAUUUUCCCAAGCUUCUGAAGAAAUUCGCAAAACUUUUCAAAUAAAUGCAAAAUCCGGAGAACUCCUUUUAAGACAGAGACUGGAUUUCGAAUCCAUUCAGACUUAUACAUUAAAUAUUCAGGCGACAGAUGGUGGGGGUCUUUCUGGAAAUUGUGUGGUGUUUGUCCAAGUGAUGGAUUUGAAUGACAACCCUCCGGAACUGACCAUGUCAACACUUAUCAAUGAAAUCCCAGAAAACAUGCAGGAGACCAUAAUUGCUGUAUUCAGUGUUUCAGAUCCUGACUCAGGAGACAAUGGAAGGAUGGUUUGCUCUAUCCAAGAUGAUCUUCCUUUCUUCCUUAAACCCUCUGUUGAAAAUUUUUACACUCUCGUGACAAACACAGCCCUGGACCGAGAGACAAGAUCCGAAUACAACAUCACCAUCACGGUCACUGACUUGGGGACUCCCAGGCUGAAAACCCAGCACAACAUAACCGUGAUAGUCUCCGACGUCAACGACAACGCCCCGGCCUUCACCCAAACCUCCUACACCCUGUUCGUCCGCGAGAACAACAGCCCCGCCCUGCACAUCGGCAGCGUCAGCGCCACAGACGCAGACGCGGGCGCCAACGCCCAGGUCACCUACUCGCUGCUGCCGCCACAGGACCCCGUCACGCUGCACGUGCUGCUGGUGGACGGCUUCUCGCAGCCCUACCUGCCGCUGCCCGAAGCGGCGGCCUACCCGGUGCGGGCCGACCCGCUCACGGUCUACCUGGUCAUCGCGCUGGCGUCGGUGUCGUCGCUCUUCCUGUUCUCGGUGCUGGCGUUCAUCGCGGUGCGGCUGUGCAGGAGGGGCAGGGCCGCCUCGCUGGGUGGCUGCUCGGUGCCCGAGGGCCACUUCCCGGGCCACCUGGUGGACAUCGGCGGCACCGGGACCCUGUCCCACAGCUACCAGUAUGAGGUGUGUCUGACGGGAGGCUCAGGUACCAGCGAGUUCAAGUUCCUCAAACCGGUUGUCCCCAACUUCCUUGCUCAGGGUGAGGAGAGGGUUAGUGAGGCAAACCCCAGUUUCAGGGAUUGCUUUGAAUUCAGUUAAGAAUCAAUAAGGUCUAUUGAGCCUAGUCUGUUAAUUUGUGGAAAAUCCUUUUUAACUGUCUUGCCUAGUGGGGUUGCUUCUUGUUAUUUGAAAUGUAAAUAUCUCUUUUCAAUUCAGUGCAUGUUACUGGUGUUUCCAAAUGUGUUGCUUUGUGGUAUAAUGAAUGCAAAUUUUCUUUGUAUUCUUAUUGGUGAUUAGUCUCCCUGUAGAUUUAUAGUAUGAAAGUAAAUUUGGUUUUCCAAAAGUCCUAAGUUUUAAGUUACAGCAUUGUUUACCAAAUUCAUCUUCCCCAGUGCGUAGUUAAUUUUGCAGUCCUACGUUUUUAAAUGUUUGCUAUCUCUACAUAUGGUUAUCUUUUUUUUCUGCCCAGAAUAUUUGUUUGUAUAGUGUGACUUUUAUCCUGUGAAGUCACAUUGGGUAAAAUCAACAUAGGUAUAUUCAUGAAAAAACAAAGCACUCUCUCACAUUUUUCUAAAUAUAUACUUCAAAAAAGUAUCCACAUAUGAAAAUUAUGAUUCUUUAAAGAUUGUGAGAACCUUGACUGUUAGAUCCAACAAAACAUUCAUAUUAAGUCUUCAAUAAACCAAUCACUAAUAUUUUAAAAUGUACUUGUAUACACAGCACAUGUCCAGGCAUUUUCAAAGACAUACUAAUUCUUCAUGCUUUCUGUUUCAAAAAAUUUUAAUCUCUUAUUUCAGUCUGUCCUUUAAAAAAAUCUCAGUUUUCAUUAUUAAAAACUAAUAACUUUGAGCACUUAAUUAAAAUCUGGAAGAUUUUAGGGAAUAUAUGUCUUUGUCCUUGACCAAAUUUAAGAAACUUCAGAUGUAGUUUGGUAUUGCAUUUUCCAACAUUUUCUGAAGCAUGAAUGAUUUCGUUGGAAAUAAGCCUGUGGGGAAAAUAUUUAUCUUGGUCUGCCUGAUCAUACCUUUUUUUUUUUUUUUGCACUGACUACUUCUAUUUUCCCCUUUCAGUUUCUUACUUUUCAAUGCUUUUUUUUCUUUACGUGCUUGAGUUAAGUUUCUCAAUAGCUCCCCAUUUUUUGCAUGAUUAGCACAAUGACUUGAAGAUUAUAGCUUCUGUUCUUAAUAAAAAUUUUGAGUGACUGAUUGAAAGAAAGAAGUGUCUUUAUUUCACCUGUGAUAUAUAUUGAUAUUUAAAUACAUUAAAAUACUCACAGGACAAAAUUUUGCUGGAAUUAUGUGCUCUUUGAUGUAUGAUGAAUUUUAUACAUAUAAUUUUUGGUUAUUAAUUGAGCUUAUCACUGUUCAAACUAUGCAGUUAUCAAUCCCUGAUGUCUCUUUCCUUCAACAUAUUUUUCCUUUUUCUCUUCCUGCUUAAUUUGAAUCGCCUCCCCUGCCCACUAGCUUAAGGAAUACAAAUAGGGAAGUUGUGUUUUCAAUUUUGUAACUUAAAUUUCCUUCUGUAAUUCCCUAAAUGAUUCAUCUAAGUCUAUUUCUAGCAUCUCAAUUUCUGAUCCAUACAUUAAAACAAAAUUUUUAAUUCUUAA